AACACAACCUUGAGUUCCAUACACUCGACAUCAUCAUCAUCAUCCUCCACCACCACCAGACAGGCUUCUGCCUCGUAAACCUCGUAUUCCCCCCUUGUUCUGUUACACAAGAAUUUGACACUUUCUUGCCUAUUUCUUCGAGUGUGCAUAUGAUCCAUCAUGCAGUUCUUAUAACAUAACUUCACUUCGUGUGUUGUUGUUGUUGUUGUUGUGCCACUCACCAGACUACAACCUACACCUACAGAUACACCUGCGAUCUAAUCUGGUUAUUUCCCAAACUGAAUAACGCCAUCUGCAUCCUUUCCGCCCUUGCAUUACAUUCCUAUUCUCGCCACAAACUUUUCGAUACCUCGUCGCUCUUCAGCACACCCUGAAUCCUGACCUCUUGCUCUCUCAUAAUGGAUCCCUACGAUAAUGCAGACAUCGAUCCUUUACAAUCAGGCUAUCCCUCUAGCUCCACAACAACACCCUUCCGCCUAGACGAAGGCUUUUCCGAAGACACCAUGAGUCAAGAUGAGAACGGGCGGAACAAUUUUGCGGCCAUGGCUGCUCGAUUUCAAGAAUGGGUGAUGGCUCAAAACGAAGAGUCUCGAGCAGAGAUUGCAUACGAAGUGCUGCGUACUCUUCGGACGUCGAAUAUUGCUGCGGUCGUUGAUCGUUUGACUCCCCUGCUGCACAUGGACCCAGUGGAAAAGCUGCCGGCGGAAAUCACUGGCUCCAUAUUCUCAUACCUAGAUGCCAACACCUUGUUGACCGCCUCCCUCGCGUCGCGGACUUGGAGAGCUCGUGUCAUGGACCCCAUGCUCUGGCUAGCUCUGUACAAGAAUCAGGGAUGGCUAUACGAUAAGAAGGAAGUCGAUGCUUUCGAACAUGCACACAAUUCGCUCGUCAGACAUGAAUUCAAAAGAGCGCGCGGACAGACUCAUGGCCAACCCUUGCUUAAGAAGCGCGCCACCUCAGAUUGGCUUGAAUCAAGGCCACGUAAGGUGUCGGCGGAUGUAUCUUCCUGGCGUGAACAGCAUGGGAUGGUGGAGGCAGACACAGACACCAGAUCAGAACCCGACGAUCAAGAGAUGCAAGAUGCCCCGAAUAGCAUUCAGAAUUCUCCUCAACGACCAAAUAAAAGAUCGAGUUCGGAGUCAGAGGAUGAGAUGGAUUAUAAACCGGAGCCAACGAAUACCAAGGACGAAGAUAACAAAGCUAUCGACAAUCCCGAUCCUCCCGCCAAGUCCAGCUUGACUGUAACUGACUCCGGUGGAAGGGACAGAUUGAAUUGGCUGCAUUUGUAUAUGCAACGGCAGAAGCUGGAACACAAUUGGACUAGAGGCCUAUACACAACGUUUGAGCUCCCCCAUCCCGACCACCCGAACGAAGCGCACACCGAAUGUGUCUACACCAUCCAAUUCUUCGGUAAAUGGUUGGUCAGCGGCAGUCGAGACAAAACAUUGCGUGUAUGGGAUCUCGAGACCAGACGGCUACGGGGAAAGCCUCUAGUUGGUCACUCUCAAUCCGUCCUUUGUCUUCAGUUCGACCCCACCGAAGAUCAAGACGUGAUCAUCUCUGGUAGCAGUGAUGCAAGUGUGGUGAUAUGGCGCUUCUCUACCGGGCAAAAGAUUCAUGAAAUCCCAUCCGCCCAUGAGGAAUCUGUGCUUAACCUCAGAUUCGACAAACGAUAUCUGGUGACAUGUUCUAAAGAUCGACGAAUCAAGAUAUGGAAUCGACAGGCCCUCACUGCCACAGACGAGGACUACCCCAAAGUGGAGCGUACAGGUACAGCACGGGUGCCUUCGUACAUUGUCAACACGACCGACAUGGAGCCUUCGCUUUUGGAGGCCAGAAUGGCCAACGGUACAAUCCGAGCCUUGAAACCGUACAUGCUUCUAUUGACCCUAGAAGGUCACAACGCUGCAGUCAACGCCAUCCAGAUCAUCGGAGACCUGAUCGUUUCUGCAUCUGGUGAUAGGUUGAUCAAGGUGUGGAACGCCAAGAAUGGCAGAGUGUUGCGGACUUUACAAGGGCAUCAGAAGGGUAUCGCAUGUGUCCAAUUCGACGGGAAGCGUAUCGUGAGUGGUAGUAGUGACAACACCGUUCGCAUAUACGACCCGACUACUGGCGCAGAGGUUGCAGAGUUGAAGGGCCACCAUAACUUGGUGCGCACCAUUCAAGCUGGAUUUGGGGACUUGCCUGGAAGCGAUGACGACAAUGAUAGCCAAGCAAGAGCAGCCGAACGACAGUUUCUUGCUGACCUGGCCAGUGGCAAGGUGAUCGAUGACAGAAAUUUUCUUCGAGAAGUCAGGCACGGUGAUCACGGCAGUUCCCGUCUCGCUUUUGGAUCUAAACUGCCGCCUGGAGGAGGCGGCAGUAAAUGGGGACGGAUUGUGUCUGGCAGCUAUGAUCAAACGAUCAUCAUCUGGAGAAAGAAUGCCGAAGGUCACUGGGUGAUUGGCAAGCAGCUGUUCCAGCAUCCGUUCUCUCACACAUCACCAACCACUAUAAGGAUGCGGAGAGUUGCUCGGGCUGUCGUCGCAGAUAAUGCCGCAGAUCCGACUGGUCAACCUGCAACGAAUCCUUUUCAGGCGACGGGCAACCUCGGGCCUGGCGGACCUGCUCAUCCAGGAGUCAUGUCAGCGUCACAAAUCGUACAACAGGCCGUCGGCACAUCUUUUGCUAGUCUUGGCGCAGGUUUGUCCAACGUUAUGGGCGUGGGGAGACUACUAAACCCACCCAUCACUGGCCCUCAGAACGGGAUAAACCUCAAUUCCAACUUUGCUGCAAGUGCGAGUAUCAGUGGAACGCCACAAACUAUUGCCAACGCUGUUGUUGCACACACCCAGGCAGCGAUGUCGCAGGCUGUCCAGCAAGCGCUGAACCAAGCAGUGCAAACCUCACACGGCCAGACUACGGGUUCUCAAAGUCAAGCCCCGCAGAGCGUGGCGAGCAACCAGAACCAACCAAACCCAGCAGCACUGGUACAACUCCCACCUGCUGUGCAGCAAGCACCAGCACCUAAUCAACAGCAACAAGUGGCACCCGGACCACCUGUAGCCCAUGGACAGCACCCAGAACACCUACCAUCUUCUGUGUCCCGAGUGUUCAAAUUACAAUUUGAUGCCCGACGCAUUGUCUGUUGCUCACAAGACAGUCGUAUCGUUGGUUGGGAUUUUGCGAAUGGAGAUGCUGAUGUUAUUGAGGCUUCUAAAUACUUCAUUGGGCCUUGAGUAAUGAAGAGGGGUUAUUUAGUGCGGGCAAGGGAUCAUGUUUAUGAAUGUUCAUGACAGCAUACUGAAUCUGUAUUCAUAUAUGAAUAGCAUUGAGGCUGGGCGAGGAUAUGUGCAUUAGCGCCGAGUUGUGGGUAAACUGCACGUCUAUAUUGCAUGUGUUUAAUAGCAUUCUAUAUUGAGUUACGAAAUAUCUCAGAGUGCUGGUGUUUGUGUAGGAACCUAC